GUGUCGGGGGCGGAGCUCCCAGACGGCCCUUGCAGCAUGGCCGCCGGCGCCGCAGCCGCCUUGGCGUUCCUGAGUCAGGAGAGCCGAGUCCGGGCCGGGGGAGUCGGGGGUCUGCGGGUCCCGGCUCCGGUCACUAUGGACAGUUUUUUCUUCGGCUGUGAGCUCUCCGGCCACACCCGCUCUUUCACCUUCAAGGUAGAGGAAGAGGAUGAUGCGGAGCAUGUGCUGGCCUUGACCAUGCUCUGCCUCACCGAGGGGGCCAAAGAUGAGUGUAACGUAGUAGAAGUCGUGGCCAGGAAUCACGACCACCAGGAGAUUGCAGUCCCUGUGGCCAACCUCAAGUUGUCCUGCCAACCCAUGCUCAGUUUGGAUGACUUCCAGCUUCAGCCACCUGUCACCUUCCGCCUGAAGUCAGGUUCUGGCCCUGUGCGGAUCACUGGGAGGCACCAGAUUGUUACUAUAAGUAAUGACGUUUCUGAGGAAGAAGAGAGUGAAGAAGAAGGUAGUGAGGAGGAAGCUGAGUUGUGCCCCAUCCUGCCUGCCAAGAAGCAGGGGGGUAGGCUCUAGCCUCUUUGGUCCGCUGUUUGCCUGCCACAUGUGCCAUGCACCAUGUUCCUAUACAAGUUUCAAGAAAUUUAAAUAUGUCUUCUCCGUUGAAGAGGAGGGGUGGGGGUGGGGGGAUCUUGAGCUGGUGCUAGGAGAGAGUCUGGUCCUAUCCUUCACAGGACCCUGGUGUUUUUCUAAUCUUAUGCCAUACCUGGGGCUUCCCUUUUCUCCAUGAAUGGGAGAAACUCUGAACUUCUAUCCUCACCCUCUCUCCCCACUUGCCUAUGAGAUUGGAGAUCAGCAUUUGAAGCUCAGGACUACACAUUUUUAAUACUUUUUACAUUUUUGGAUAAAGGCUUAAAUAAAGUGAUGUGGAGUUUUGCAA